CUUCCUCUGACCCAAGGCAACUCGGACUUGUGAGAUCGGCAGCAUGGCGGCGUCGGCUGAUUCAGCGCAGGCUGCGGGAACCCCCGCGGUUGAGGAGCAGAGCAACGAGAGCCGCUUCCCGCACAGUGCUUCCCUGUACGUGGGCGACCUCAGCAAGGACGUGAUUGAGGCCGAGCUGUACAACUUUUUCAACAGCUUUGGCGCAACCGUUCAGUCGGUCCGCGUGUGCCGUGACAUGGUCACCCAGACCUCCCUCGGUUACGGCUACGUCAACUUUGCCACCCCCGAAGAUGCUGCCAAGGUCUACGAAGCGGCCAACUUUGAAGAGCUCAAGGGCCAGCCCGUGCGCAUCAUGUUCUCGGAGCGCGAUCCCACCAAGCGUCGCUCGGGCGUUGGCAACAUCUUCAUCAAGAACCUCUCAGCCGAGGUCGACAACAAGGCCCUCUACGAUACCUUCCGUGUUUUUGGUACCGUGCUCUCCUGCCGUGUGCUCUACGAUCAAGAGGGCAACAGCCGUGGCAUCGCGUUUGUGCAGUAUGAAGAUGCCGAGGUGGCCAAGCAAGUCAUUGCCCAGGUCAAUGACAAGAAGAUCUUGGACAAGGUGGUCAAGGUAGAGGCCUACAAGCCACGCCGUCAGCGCAUGCUUGAGGCUGAGGAGACCCAGAAGAACUUUACCAACGUCUUUUUCAAGAACGUGGCAGCUGACAUCUCUGAUGAAGACAUCAUGAAGGAGUUUGAGAACUUUGGGGAGAUUGAGUCCAAGGUGCUCAAGUCCCACGAUCAAUUUGGCCGCUACGGUUUUGUGGCCUACAAAGACACGGCCGAUGCUCAAAAGGCUGUGAGUGAGCUGAAUGACAAGCCCCUGGGAGCCGACGGCACCAAGCUCUAUGUCGCCCGCGCACAGCGCAAGAGCGAGCGCAUGGGUCGUCUGCGCCGCGAGUUUGAGCGCCGCCGCACGGAGAUGCGGGCCAAAUACAAAGACGCCAACCUGUACAUUAAGAACUUUAGCGAGGACGUCACCGAGGAUGAGCUGCGCAAGAUGUUUGAGGCCUACGGCACCAUCGUCAGCGUUCGCGUGGUCAAGGAUCGCGACGGUCAAUCACGCCAAUUCGGUUUCGUGCUGUUUAGCAGUGAAGAGGAGGCCACUCGGGCCAUCCAGGAGAUGAACGGCCGGAUGACGGCCGAUGGCAAGCCUCUGUACGUGUCGCGUUUCCGCAACAAGGAGGAGCGCGCACAGGAGGUCCAGCGCCAGCGCAUGAUGACGGCCCAGAACAUGCAGUACCAGCAGUGGAUGACGCAGCAGGGUGGUGGUAUGCCACCCAUGGGCUUCAACCCGAUGCAGCAAAUGUCUAUGCAGGCCCAGAUGGCCGGCCGCAGCGGCCCCCAGCACGGCAUGCCCCCGAUGCAGACACCCAUGAUGGCCACCCCGAACAAUGCUCAGCAGCCCUCCGCUGCUGCUGCUGCCCCCGCCGAAUUGAGCGCUGCUAAGGAUAAGAAUAGCCGCAAUGCGGUCCUGGGCAACCCCCUCUUCUCCUUGGUGCAGGCCCAGCAGCCCAAGCAUGCUCCCAAGAUCACGGGCAUGCUCCUCGAUCAACCUGAUGAAGCCGUCCUUGAGUAUCUGGAGAACCCCGCGGCCCUCAAGGCUGCUCUGGACCAGGCCUACAAGGUGCUGGUUGAGCAAGCCCCCGCAGCUGGCAAGCAGUAA